AUGGCCCAGCUCUGGGGAUUGGUCGCGUUUCGACUUGCGUCGAAUACUGUUUUGGCAUUCUCAGCGACGAGGUAUGCGGAGCGGUUGGAGAAGGGACUUGCAAGUCUGGGUGUUCCGGAUGUAGUGCAUCUGGGCGAACUCUGUCGUUCUCUGAUGCCCAGCAUUACUUCCGUAAAAGCAUGUCGGCGGGAGCACACCCGUCGGCUGCUCGUCGCCUCGAACAGACUUAUACGCGUCAUUGAACGCGGGGACAAUCCUCGAGUCCCUGUCCAUCUGGAAAGCCGGCAUUGGUUGGCCCAUCCAUUCCUCAAUCGCGUUCUCAAUAUCCCUUCUCAGAUCCAGCAGAAGUCCUUCGUUUUACCCGGCGCAUAUCUUGGCAGCUCCCAUGCGCACCACAAUCCGCCGCCACUCAUUGAGAUCUUCACGCAGCGCUCCAUUUACAACACCAAUAUGACACCGGUUGAUGCUGCGAUGCUCGGCCGUCAGCGCACCGCUGGAUACCAUUCCGUUCAGCCGCGGGAUAAGCUCACACGCGGCCAGAAUCGCAUCAAUAGGCGUAGACAAAUACCUCGUCACAUCUUUCAGCACGAUCCGACAGCGACUGCGCAUGCAUGGUACCUGCGCGGGCAUCGCUCGGCUCACAGUUGA